AUGACUUAUUCAUAUCCGACAUUUAUCAAAAUAGAUUCACCUAGUUCAAGUUUUUCAAAGAAAUAUACAUUAUACCUUUAUAGAGAAGGUUAUCUCGAUGAUCCUGACAAAUUGUAUGGUGUACCUGCAUUAUUUAUACCAGGACAAGCUGGAAGUUAUAAACAAAUUAGAUCUUUAGCUUCAACUACAGCAAGGAAAAAGCAAAAGAUAGAUUUUUUUACUGUGGAUUUAAAUGAAGAAUUAUCUGCUCUAAGUGGUCAAACGCUGUUAGAUCAAGCAGAAUAUAUGAAUUCUGUAGUUGAACGUAUUCUUUCACUUUAUGACACUCAUACUUCUUCUGUCAUUAUAAUUGGUCAUUCUAUGGGUGGUCUAAUUGCACGUACCAUGUUCAUGUUACCAAAUUACGUUCCAAAUAGUGUUAGGACUAUCUUAACACUUGCUACACCUCAUUUAAGUGCCCCUUUGCUUUUAGAUGCCACUAUCUAUAAAGUCUAUAAAGAUUUAACACGUUAUUGGAGAUCGGAUGAUCAUUAUAAGGCGUCCCUAAGGGAUGUUAUUGUUAUCUCAAUCGCGGGUGGUUCACUUGAUAACAUCAUACAUUCAGAUGGUGUCAAUACGGCCUCGAUCAUACCUACGAAACAUGGCUUUACAACCUAUACAACUUCAAUUCCAGGUGUUUGGACAGGAGUCGAUCAUAUGGCCAUUUUAUGGUGUAACCAAUUAGUGCGUCUUUUAGCAACUACUCUGUUAGAUAUUGCUGACCUGACGACUCUAGAUGACCGAAUGGGGAUGUUAAAAUAUCAUUUAUUAGAAGGCGGACAGUAUGCUACAAUCGAAAGUCAAAGAAAACAUCUUAUUUUACCAAAUACUCAGAAAUGGCAAUUUUUAACUAACAUCGAUAAGGCAUAUGAUAGGUGUUGGUCUAUUGCAUUCUGCAAAAAACCAAUGAAUAAUAGUAAUGACUUUCAUUGCCAACAGACAACACCUCAUGUUACAGUAUUACCUUCAGCCACUGCAGAGAAUCUUAUCGAAGCAAAGCCUUAUAGGUUAUUAACAGUAGAUAGUGGUGAGGAUUAUAGCCAUUUGGCUGUAAUAAAGCAUUGUCAAAUUGUGAAUACAGACGAAACACCUUUUAUAAAAGCAUAUGCUAUUUUUAGUCAGUCUAUACAAUAUACUCAAAGUGUCUGGGGUAAUUACAAUAAAUCACGGAUUCUAUAG